CGUUCUGUCAAAGUUCUGAAUCAAUUCAUCAGCAAGCGAAAAGGCUAAAACGCCAGUCCCGAAACGUGCGUGUGCGUGCUUCUCAAUUGUUGGACGAUUUUCCCCCCGCUGCGCAAGAAAACCUGUAUUCCCACGAGCUAUCACACACAAGAAUGUCUCGUGAAGCGAUCGAAAAUCUGACGCUGGACCUGGAGGAGAUGCGCAAGCUGGCAGGGAGUGCCCAGCGCAGCCGGGUGCAACAGAUGCUGGCCAUCGACAUUCGCAAGCUGGAGACGGACAUACAGCGGCAGCGGGAUCUGCUUGCCGCCCAGGCGGCCAGCAGCGAACAGACCGUUGCCCGACCGGUCCAGACCUCCGUCCCCGGUGACGUCCGGCGCUAUCAGGUCGAGCUGAAGGAGUACGCGUGGGACCAGAGCGACAAGUUUAUCAAAAUCUUCGUGACGGUGAACGGCGUGCAGCAGGUGCCGGAAGAUAACGUGAACGUGGAGUUUACCGAAAACUCGUUCCAGCUGGUGAUUAGCGAUCUGAACAACAAGGACUACAUCUUCGUCGUGAACAACCUGCUCAACUCGAUCGACGCGGAAAAGAGCUACCGGCGCGUCAAGUCCGACAUGGUGGCGAUCUACCUGGCCAAGCAGGGACCGGCCAAGUGGGCCCACCUGACGCUGACCGCCAAGCGGCUGCAGGACCUGAAGGACGAACGGAUGUCGGACGGGAAGAAGGCGACGAGCGACGAUCCGUCCGCGGGCCUGAUGAACAUUAUGCAGCAGCUGUACGAGUCGGGCGACCCGGAAACGAAGCGCAUGAUCAACAAGGCAUGGCACGAGUCGCAGACGAAGCAAAAAAUGCCUACCCUGGAGUAGGGUGGGUGCGGGGUGUUCCAUGGCCCUUCGUAAUGUAGGUGUAAGGUUUGUUCGACAAGUUCCAUUUCAUACAUAAGCGAAUAGUGGAGUAGAGCGCGUAAUGGCCAACGUAAACUGUAUUUGUAAGUCGAAUUAAAAUACAUUGUAACAAUAACCGGCA